CCUCGUCAAUCGCAAGGGCCCGUGGCUCUUACUGCAUCUUUCAUAGACGUUUGCAAGUUUCCUUCGCUCGCUCACCUUCCAAUUCACCGUUUGUAGCAUCAGGCGGAUAGUGCCUUCCUCGCUUGUGCCUUACUUUGCACCGUCUAUAGCCCAAGGUGUCGCUGCCAAUCCUUCUUCGACCCUCUUUCCUUCCCUGUUCCAGACUUUUGGUGUUCACAGGUCGAGUCUUUAUGAAAAGAGUAACUAGAGGCUCAGCGGCCAAGGAGCACACAGCUCAGUCGCCUGCAAUCGCCACCGAACAUGAUGCACAGUUAUCGAGUGUUCCCGCUACACCUGACAAGCUGCCUGUCAAGACCUCGAAGCCAGUUUCUACACGCAAGAAGACCUCCGUUUCCAAAGCUUUGCCGAUCACUCCCAACAGCACACGAAAGCGGUCACGUGGACCUAUCAAGGAUGAAGAGGACAUCAAUGAGCUCCCGCACAACCUAGGCAAAAUUCCCCAGCUAUCGCACAGCAAUGAGACCCUCGAUAGCGAGCCAGCAUCGAAAAAGCCUCGAAAGAGUGCCCCGAAGAAGACGGUCGCGCCAAAGAAGGAGAGUGCGCAAGAUGUGGUCGAUAAGGCAACAGGCAUUGCAGAUUCUCCCACAAAGGAAUCGAAAAAGAACAACAAUUACGGCGUGGUUCCAGGCACAACUCCGUAUCCCGAUUGGCCUCAUCCGACUCACGAGGAGUGCGAACAGGUCAACCGUCUUCUUUCGAGCGCUCAUGGAGAGGUCAAAGCUCCCGAGGUCGUGCCUCCCCCUUCCCUCGAGGUUACAGGUUGUGGCGAAGUGCCGUCUGUUCUCGAUGCACUUAUUCGGACCCUUCUGUCCGCCGCGACAUCCGGUGCGAAUUCCAGGCGCGCUUUCCAAGGCCUCGUCAAACAGUUCGGUAUUCUCGAAGAAGGGAUUGGAAAGGGCAGCGUCGAUUGGAACAAAGUUCGCCUAGCUAGUCAGAAAGAAGUUUUCGAAGCUAUCAAGAGUGGCGGUCUAGCUGACAGCAAGAGCAAAUAUAUGAAGGGGAUCUUGCAGAUGGUCUGGGAGGAGAAUCAGAACCGAAAAGCGAAGCUUGCUGCAUCGUCAGACUCUAUUCCUGGGUCGAAGAACGAGCUACAAGAGGAAAUGGACGAAGAGAUAUCAAAAGCUGAGAAUGACAUCCUGUCUCUCGAUCAUUACCAUCUUCUCUCGACCGACGAGGCUUUCAAAGAGUUGACCAAAUUUCCUGGUAUCGGUGCGAAGACCGCUUCCUGUGUCACCCUGCUUUGUCUGCAGCGCCCAUCGUUCGCCGUUGACACCCACGUUUUUCGCCUCUGCCAAUGGCUUGGCUGGGUUCCGCCGCCUGGCCACCCAGCUCUUCUCCCACCCGGCAAGAAAGGCAAGCCCGGCCAACCGACGCGCGAUAGGACCUACGCCCACUGCGAGGUCAGAAUUCCUGACCAUCUCAAGUAUCCUCUGCAUCAGCUGUUCAUCAAGCAUGGAAAGACGUGUCCGAGGUGCCGCGCCAAUACUAGCGAGACUUACGGAGACUGGAAGAAGGGUUGCGUGAUCGAUCAUCUCGUGAAGAGAACCGGCGUCAGAAAGGGUGGCGAUGCCAUUCCGGGAAAGACCACAGAAGGCAUGAAAGCACGGAGGCAAGCGAAGCAGAAGGUUUGGGAGCAUGAGAACGAGUCCGAGAGCAGCGACCUCUCCGAUCUUGGAAGCGACGACGAAGAGGCCUCACUUUUAGCCGAAGAAGACGAAGAUCUUGAAUGAUUGACCGGGGCCAAUCUCAGCACGAAGAUUCUCGAGAUUAGCUGUCAGAACGUGGGCGGUUUCGCGCAGAGUGUACGAAGGGCGAAUCUUCCCAUCCGCAACAGUGCUAUUGUUAUGUGCUAUGCGCCAACCUUUCUGUCUUGUUUACGACUGGCAUGCGGAUAUCUCUCGGACCUGGUCGGUCCUCUGUUAUGUUCACGAUACCUCACAUACUGUCAUAUAGUCUACUAUCUGUUUUAUACUCACCUUGGCGCGCUAUUUCUGCUUUUUGCCACUCUGGUCUUCCUUAUCUUCACAACCCUUACUUAUCGUCG